CAGAGCUGGUCACAACAUCACAACUACCUGCAUAAAUUGCAAUAAAUCAAGCAAUUUACAGCAAAAAAAGACUCCAAGAAGGAGCAAAAAUGACGGAACCAGCCAUUGAGGGCCCAGAUGCAGUCAUGGAAUCGACCGCAUCAACGCCUAUCGCCUCCCAAUCUCUGGACUCGGCGGCCAUAGAACAGUUCGAGGAUGAGAAACCAGCCAAGGGAAAGAAGAAGCCCAAAAACCCGAAGGGUCGCCACUCGGAGUCCGCCGUGGGAUCUGAGCUCAAGAAGCUCGGGCAGCGCCGGAUCAAUGUGGCCGGAGCCCCGAAAAUGCCACUCAAUGGCUACGUUCGGUUCAUGAACGACCGGCGCGAGGAGCUGCGUCGGGAGCAGCCACAACGAACGGCACUGGAGCACACCAGGAUCAUCGGCGAGGAGUGGCACCAGCUGCCGGAGGAGCGCAAGGUGCCCUACAUGGAGGCGGCCGCCAAGGACAAGGCCAUUUACCAGGAGCAGCUGCAAAUGUUUCUGCAGGAACACCCCGAAAUUGUGGCCAAGGAGCUGGCCAAGGCCAAGAAGGUCACCAAAUUGGAGAGUUCGGCCAAAGAGAAGACACCGAAGACUGAAGCCAGUUCGGCCAAGACCAAGAAACCCAAGGCGAAGCAAGUAAAGCGGCAAAGCGAGGAUCCCGAUGACGUCCCGCUGGCCAAGGUGAAGCGUGCCCAGACACCACCUCCUCCGGAAGCAUCAGCAGCACCAGCACCUCCACCUCCACCACCACAACAACCGCCAGCAGUUCAGCCCGCUCCGAUGAAUGUGGCGCCGCCGGCACCACGACCCCUUCAGCCCGGCGAGAUACCCAUAUACACCAACGAGUUCAUCGAGCACAACCGCAGCACAGAGAACGAGCUGCGGACGCUGCGCAAGGCCAAGACCGAUCUGGAGCAACAGAACGCGGUGCUGGAACAGCACGUGGACAACACGAAGGCCGGCUACGCCAAGGUGAUGGGCGAGGUGACCGAGCUGAUGGAGGAGAACCGACGCCUGGAGACCUACGUGCGCGGCCUGCGUCAGAAACUUGUGGCCGCCCUCGGUGGAAUCUCUCUGCCGCCGCUGGAACCGAGUGGUCCCAGUGUGGGCAACAUUGACAAGUACAUACGCCACUUGGCCGGACUCGUUGGUCAGCCGAACAACGUCACUUUGCUGAAGGCCCGGGAAGCCCUUCGCAAGCUGGACACCAGUAGCCUGCUAAAGCCCUAAAGUGAACCCCUUUAUAGAACCCGCAGUAUUUAUAUAAAGUCUAGUUUUAAGAGCGCUGACAUCAUUACAUUUACUUAUCGCUAUUUGCCUAUUUUAAGAUACCUAUCCCAAUAUAAAUAUUAGCUUUCUCUGAUUCA